UAAGCUGCAUUACGCAUUUUGCACCUAUUUAGUAUUGUUGUUAUAGUCUGUGUUUUCAUUGUGAAUAUUCGACAAUGGCAGAUGCUAAGCAAGGUAAAACACCUGAAGACUAUUACAAUGGACAAUCACAAUCUCGAGUGGUCCUUGCCAAACCACGUCUUGGUGGAUUUGGGACUUCUAGUUUUGCUUCCAGUUCAAGCAAAAGCUGCAAUCCAUUUGGAUCUGUUUUACGUCCCCCACAAUUAAAGCCAGGGAACAAUCCUUUUCUUAAAGUGUCUGAGCCAGAAGGAGGUAAUGCAGAGAAAAAGAAUGAAACAGUAACAUCAGUAGAUACCAGACUAAACGAAACAAAAGAUGAAGAAGCACCAAAGUUUGUCCCUUUAGGAUCUAGUAGUGUUGCUCCAAGGACCACAACGUCAGUUCCUACUCCAGCUCAGCCCACUACAAGCACUUCAUCAAGUGGUUUUGUUUUUGGUCAGAAUUUGAGUGAGAGGGUAGUGAUUAAAGAAAAUGUAAAUAAUGGUGAAGCAUCCAUAGACCACAGCUCUUCAAACGGUUCAUCCGAGCUGCUUUUUACAAGUGCCGUGGCGUCGGCAGUAAAAGAAAAUGUUCAGGUACAAGACGAGGCAGCCGCGGAAGGUGGAGAGGGUCUCGCGGCAGCAGCGGCUGAGUAUGAACGUUCACACGCGCGGCCUCCGCCCCCCACCUCUUACUGUACCAUGACUGGCGAGGAGGACGAGAUUAAUGUGCUGCAGAUAUCAUGUAGACUAUUCGCCUGGGAGAGUGGCAGCUGGCGCGAGCGCGGGCGAGGCGUGCUCCGACUCAACGACGGCGCGGCGGGCGGCGCGGCGGGCGGAGCGGCGAGCGGAGCGGCGGGCGGGGCGGGCGGCGCUCGGCUCGUGGCGCGUGUGGCGGGCUCGUUGCGCGUCGUGCUCAACACCAAGCUGUGGCCCGACAUGGUGGUGGAGCGCGCGGGGAACAAGUCGCUCCGGAUAACAGCUGCCGAUGCUCAGCAGCAAGUUAAACUGUUCCUCAUUAUGGGAGCGCCGGCUGAUAUCUCGCAACUACAUAGGGCAUUAAUGGCGCGAAUCUCACUCAGUAAGCGUAGUUCCAUUAGUCCCAAAGAAGAUGAAAACUCACAAAGAUCAGCGGAGAGACUGGAGGCAGCUUCUGAUGAAAUUGAUUACCUUGAAAAGUCUGUAGACGAUUUAAAUCAGGAAGGUGAAGGCUCUAAUUUUGACGAAGAGCAACUGACAGAAGAUGCUCCAACAAACAGGCAAAGUGAUAUCCGAAAAAAUAGAAUACAGUGUUCUGAUGAUAAGACUGACGAUGAAAAAUCUAACAUGAGUGAAGAUAUGUCUGAAGAUAAAGAAGCUAAAGCACUAAAACGGAAAGAACCUGUCGAUGAUGAGACUUCAUCUAAGAGACAGUGCCAAGAAUGUUAGCGAGUGUAAAUAAUUGUCUCAGUGUAAAAUUAUGUGAUGAUCUUGAAAUGAGUACUUCAUUCAAUCAAUUCCUUGCUGAAAGCUAUAAAAUUUAAUGAAGUAAAUAAAGAGUAGGGAUAUUUAUGAUUAAAUUAAUAAAGCAUAAUAAAGUGUUGGUAUAGUAUUAAUGUAAUAUCUAUUAUCGAAAAGAAGACCCGAUUGGAUGCAUUGUGUUUAGUAUGAAUUAAUGACAUCUAUAUUACCUAGUUAUAAAAAAAAGUUUGGCGAUUGUUACAAAACAUUCCAAUGUUUGCAAUGAAUUCACUAAACAUUUGAUUCGGCCGAAGCUGAAUACCAAAUACAUAUACAUGUGAUUUAUUUUCUGAAAUAUAAUAACAAUAAAGAGUCUUACUUGUA